UCAGUGCCACAGGGUAAUACGAAAAGAUUUCGCCACAGCUUAGGCAUCGAGUUCCAUGAUAGAUUGUUAAACAAAAAACACCCAGCGUGCCGGUUGAAACAUACUCAGCGAUUCCAUAGAAACUGUCCAUCUCUCCACUCAACAAACUAUAUGGAAUAUCCCCCAGCUGAUCUGUCUCAAGAUGACCGAAAUGUCAUAUUUGAGAGUCUCGACUUAAAUUUCAACCGUGAAAUCUUGGAAUCGUUACUUCAAGCAAUUACCUUAUGGAAUACACGUUUUCGUCGUGAUUCUAUACUUCUCACGACAAUUACCUUUGGCGUUGACUGGGUAUACCAACGGCGCGCAUUUAUCCAGAAUGGGGACAAUUUUUACAGCGUCUUUGUCGCGCUGCAAGCUAUUGGGCCAUGGUGGAGGAUGUACCAGCUCGUGGACGGCAUCAGCGGAGGAAUUACCACGUUGAUUGUCGAUAUUACCAUUAUAUGGUGCUGUUGGAUGUUUUGGGGCCGUCUGUGGUGCAUUAUCGUUAUUCCAGCCAUUUGCACCCUCGCUGGGAUAGUUACAAAGUCCAUGCAAAUCCGCAGCGUUUUCAUCAAUAUAACCAGUGAGAUUGACGAAACCGGAGGAUUCGCGGCAGAGAUCAACUGGUCAUUAUUCUAUCUCUCUCUCACACUCACCACGACACUCCUGCGAUUCUUCGUCUGGCGUCAGGGAAUGAAGGAUGAGGUAUUAUUCUCUUUUUUAAUCUCAUUUAACCUUGGAUCAUCUUGUGAUGCCAGUACUAUUUCCUCUACCGGUGUCGUAUCACAACAGCUGUUUUUCAUGCAAGACGGUACAAUAGCUGUACCCGGAUCCAUCGAAAAUAUAUCCAUGCGAAGUGGUCAUCUUCUGGAAUUGCCGACGAUUAUACAGACCGAGAGUCAAUGA